AUGAAAACGUGGAACUGGUCUUGGUUAAGGUCGACGACUUACUAUCUAAUAUUAAAUCCAACCGAAAAGGUCCUGCUGCUCGAGGAGACUCCACCAGCUGGACCCCUCUUCGUGGAAGUGAGUAACACAUGCCCGCAAAGUAUAAGUAGUACACGGAUGGGCGCCGGACUCGCCGCACGCCGUUGCGAAUUUGACAUUCCCAAAGAGAAUCAUCCGGAAAUCAAGAUGCUUCCACAAAGCCAGGCUGCUGUAGAGCUGAUGAUGUUCAAGCUUCUCUACGGCGUCGAAAUCUUCACCAACGAACGAGAUACGAUUCACCGACUUUGCCGAAAUCGUCACAUACGCAGCCCUGUAUGA